AUGUUCGUCUCCGACUGCUCUCAGCCAGAUCCGAUAGUGCUGCCCCACAGUGCUGCUCACUCGGGCACAUCUGUGCUUACUUCUGCCACCGCACGGCCUGGCCUAGCGGUGUUUGUGCCAGCCUUCCAUCACCCGGGCUUGCCACUUCCAGCUCGCUCCUUCGUUUGCUUUGCCUCCUCGGCAUUGGCCUCAGGACUAGGAUGCAUUGAGCCAUCCGUGCUUGUUCCUGAUUCCUCGCACACGGAACCAGCCCUUUCCAUCCGGAACUUUGCUUGCACAGGUCCAGCUGCGCCGUUCUUCGGCCUCGGCAGGGUGGAUCUGCCGCUGUCGGUCUUUGAUAGCAGCAGCUCAGGACUUCUUCUGUUCAUUCGCAAUCCCUUCCGCGCUGGGCCAAGCCUCUCGGCCUUUGGCUUGGGAAGCCUGGACCUGUCCUCGCUAGUCUUGGAUCUCACGCAUCUCGAAUCUUCUACGCUGUUGCGAAGCUUCGUCCGGCCGGGCUUGCCGAUUCUGCCAGUGGACUUCGUGGCGACCGGCAGCUCGAUGCCGCUGCGGCAGCCUUCUCGAACUGGCCUUGUCGUGCCAGUGAGCUCCCUCAUCUCGGAUGGCUCCGACUCCACGUACCUGAAGAUCAGCUCGUCUCAGCUGGACGUCUACGCUGGCACCCAGCGUGGCAUUACAGUGACCGCAAACGGUGGCACACUGCACGGUGCAUGGUCGGCAGAAGCCAGUAUCACAACGUCCGACAGGCGUCUGAAGCGCAAUAUUCAGCCGCUGUACCAAACCAUCGCAACCAGAGCGCGUGAUCGAUGGGAGUCCGAUUCGGGAGUACAGCCGGCAGCUGACAAGCUGAGCGAAGGUGAGCAGGUGAAGUGGCUGCUGCGCGAGCUGCGGCCAGUCUCCUUCCAGCUGAAACGGGGACCGGAAGCCAAGUACCUGAAAUUCGGAUUCAUCGCGCAAGAGCUGGAAGCAGUCUUCCCCAACUUGGUUCGGACGGUUGGGGACAACACGAAAGCAGUUGCAAGCCAGGACCUCAUCGCGGUGCUGACUCUCGCCUUCCAGAAUCUGCAGAAGGAGCACGAUGAGUACAAGAAGACGGUGCUUGAUCAGCAGAGGGACUUAGAAGCCCUGAAGCGGCGCCUGGAUCGCCUCGAAGCCGUGGGCGGCCGUGCAUCAGCUGCAUAA